UCACGCCCGGUCCCGGCCCCUCGCGCUCGGGAAAAUGCUGCUCUCGGUGCCGCCGCGCUCGGGGCUCCCCGCCUUCGCCUACAACAAGGGCGGCAAGAAGCAGCCCUAUGUGCCCCCGGCCCAGCCCCUGGGCCCCCCCAGCCCAAGCCCGGCCGGGGGGACCCCAGACCAGCUCAGCAAGACCAACCUCUACAUCCGGGGGCUGCACCCCGGCACCACCGACCAGGACCUGGUCAAGCUCUGCCAGCCCUAUGGGAAGAUUGUCUCCACCAAAGCCAUCCUGGAUAAAACAACCAACAAGUGCAAAGGUUACGGUUUCGUGGACUUUGACAGCCCCACAGCCGCCCAAAAAGCCGUGACAGCCCUGAAAGCCAGCGGGGUUCAGGCACAAAUGGCCAAGCAACAGGAGCAGGACCCCACCAACCUGUACAUCUCGAACCUGCCGCUGGGCGUGGACGAGCAGGAGCUGGAGGCGCUGCUGAAGCCCUUCGGGCAGGUGGUCUCCACCCGCAUCCUGCGCGACCCCCACGGCGCCAGCAGGGGCGUGGGAUUCGCACGGAUGGAAUCCACGGAGAAGUGCGAGGCCGUCAUCACCCACUUCAACGGGAAAUUCAUCAAAACCCCCCCGGGGGUGCCAGCCCCCCCAGACCCCCUCCUGUGCAAGUUUGCUGAUGGGGAGAAGAAGAGGCAGAGCCAGGGCAAGUUCGUGUCCAACGGCAGAGCCUGGGCCCGGACGGAGACACGAGCUGAGAGAGUCAUUAGGUAUAAUGGCACGGUGACCUUGGCCUACGACCCCGCCACGGCGCUGCAGAACGGGUUCUACCCCGCGCCCUACGGGCUGGCCCCCGGCCGGAUGCUGCCCCCCGCCGCCCUGGCCCCCUACCUGCCCUCCCCGGUGUCCUCGUACCAGGUCCACGGCCCCGCCUGGAUGCACCAGUCCUACCUCGUGCAGCCCACGGGCGCGGUGCUGGCCCCCGCCGUUGACCACGCCGUCCCCCUCCAGCCCUCCGUGGUGGCGCCCCUGGCCCAGCAGCUCGGGCACCUCUCUCUGGGCAGCGCUGGCACGUACGUCCCCGCUGCCGCCGCCGUCCCCGGAGCCUUCAUCCCCCCGUACCCGCCGGUGCCCCCCGCCCUCCCGCUGGAGGACGGCGGAGCCGCCCCCACCCACGCCCCCAUCGAGUCUCCGUCCGAGCCCGGCGCCUUCCCCUACCCGUACCCCAAGUAGCGGCGGGGGGGGCCCGGCCCGAGGGGACGCCCCCUCCCCAAAACCCCCCAGGAUGGGGACCCCCAAAACCCCCCGGGAUGGGACCCCCAAAACCCCCCGGGAUGAGACCCCCGACCCCCAAAACCCCCCGGGAAAGCUCCGAGCUCCGGGCGGGGGUCCCAGGGUGGGGUUUUGGGGGGGGGGUCCCUCUGUU